AUGUGGGGGACUCCGGGCCCGGCGGUGCGGAGCAUCCGUCCCUACCCGACCAGCCAGCAGUACCUGUACGCCAUGAAGGAGGACCUGGCGGAGUGGCUGAAGGAGCUGUAUGACCUGGACAUCGAGGUGGGCACCUUUGUGGAGGUGCUGGAAACGGGGGCUGUGCUCUGCUCCCACGCCAACAACGUCACCCAGGUGGCCGGGGAGUUCGCCCGCACCUACCCCGAGGUGGCCCGUCACCUCCACCUGCCCACUGCCUGUGUCACCUGCAACCUCACAGCGCAGCCAGGCACCUUCCAGGCCAGGGACAACGUCUCCAAUUUCAUCCAGUGGUGCAGGAAGGAGAUGGAUAUCAAAGAUGUGCUGAUGUUUGAGACGGAGGACCUGGUGCUGAGGAAGAACGAGAAGAACUUCGUGCUGUGCCUGCUGGAGCUGGCACGUCGCGCCUCCCGCUUUGGCUCCCAGUUUUGA